GUUUUUGUUGUUUAAAUAAACAGAUUUUUUUCUAAACGGCUGAAUUCUUUUUAGAUGUAAUUAUGCAAAGCGUCCACCAGAUGUCGCCGUUGCAGCAUCUAAAUCAGCGUCUGUUGAGCUUUAAACGGAUUAAAACUGAUUAGUUUUGAUGGGAGCAAAGAAAGAAAGAUUUCCUGCAGAGCUCGCCAGGAAAGCAGAAACUUCCCACAAUAUUUCAGCUGAGAUUUACUGGAAAGUUCAACCAAAACCUCUCAUGACCGGAUGUUUGUGCCGGAAGUCGAUGCUGAAACCAUCAAAAUAAAAUGCUUACAAAAAUAAAGAAAAACACACCUUGAAGCUGGUGGAGCAACAUCUGCUGGAGCUGAAAGCUGAUUGGCUGCAGCCUCUCUGCUCUGACACGUGAUUCGUAGAUCAGAGCUCAGAGCUGUUGCUGUUUUCAGGAAAUGAAACUCACACAGUCACUGUGACCGAGAGGAGAAAUGGAGCAGAACCAGCUGGACCGAGAAACCUUGUCCUGUUCGAUCUGUCUGGAUCUACUGAAGGAUCCGGUGGCUAUUCCCUGUGGACACAGCUACUGUAUGAAGUGUAUUAAAAACUUCUGGGAUGAAGAGGAUCACAAAGGAAUCCACAGCUGCCCUCAGUGCAGGGAGACCUUUACACCGAGGCCCGUUCUGAAGAAAAACACCAUGUUAGCAGCUUUAGUGGAGCAGCUGAAGAAGACUGGACUCCAAGCUGCUCCUGCUGAUCUCUGCUAUGCUGGACCUGAAGAUGUGGCCUGUGAUUUCUGCUCUGGAAGAAAACUGAAAGCCAUCAAGUCCUGUUUAGUCUGUCUGGCCUCUUUCUGUGAGAAACACCUUCAGCCUCAUUAUGAUUCAGCUGCAUUUAAGAAACACAAGCUGGUGGAGCCCUCCAAGAACCUCCAGGAGAACAUCUGCUCUCGUCAUGAUGAGGUGAUGAAGAUGUUCUGUCGUACUGAUCAGAAGUGUAUCUGUUAUCUCUGCUCUGUGGAUGAACAUAAAGGCCACGACACAGUGUCAGCUGCAGCAGAAAGGACUGAGAGGCAGAGAGAGCUGGAGGUGAGACGAGAAAACAUCCAGCAGAGAAUCCAGGACAGAGAGAAAGAUGUGAAGCUGCUUCAACAGGAGCUGGAGGCCAUCAAGCACUCUGCUGAUAAAACAGUGGAGGACAGUGAGAAGAUCUUCACUCAGCUGAUCCGUCUCAUCCAGAAAAGAAGCUCUGAUGUGAAGCAGCAGAUCAGAUCCCAGCAGGAAACUGAAGGGAGUCGAGUCAAAGAGCUUCAGGAGAAGCUGGAGCAGGAGAUCACUGAGCUGAAGAGGAAAGACGCUGAGCUGAAGCAGCUCUCAGACACAGAGGAUCACAACCAGUUUCUCCACAACUACCCCUCACUGUCAGCACUCAGUGAGUCUACACACUCAUCCAGCAUCAAGAUCCGUCCUCUGAGCUACUUUGAGGAUGUGACAGCAGCUGUGUCAGAGCUCAGAGAUCAACUACAGGACAUCCUGAGAGACGCAUGGACAAACAUCUCACUGAGACUCACUGAGGUGGAUGUUUCACUGUCAGAACCAGAACCAAAGAGCAGAGCUGGAUUCUUGAGAUAUUCGUGUGAAAUCACACUGGAUCCAAACACAGCAUACAGUCGUCUGUUACUAUCAGAGGGGAACAGGAAGGUGACAGUGAUAAAUAAACCUCAGUCUUAUUCUAGUCAUCCAGACAGAUUCACUGGUUGGUAUCAGGUUCUGAGUAGAGAGAGUCUGACUGGACGUUGUUACUGGGAGGUGGAGAGGAGAGAGAGUGUUUAUGUAGCAGUCGCAUACAAGAAUAUCAGCAGAGCAGGAGGAGGGAAUGAAUGUGGAUUUGGAUGGAAUGACAAAUCUUGGGCAUUAUAUUGUUACCAAGGAGGUUAUAAAUUUGGUCACAACAACAUCUGGACCUCCAUCUCAGGUCCUGGUUCCUCCAGAGUAGGAGUGUACCUGGAUCACAGAGCAGGUAUUCUGUCCUUCUACAGCGUCUCUGAAACCAUGACUCUCCUCCACAGAGUCCAGACCACCUUCACUCAGCCGCUACACGCUGGAGUUUGUGUUGGAGAUUCUGCUGAGUUCUGUAAACCCAAAUAGACAGAAUCCACUGAAGGUUCAGUGAGUUUGAUUCUGGUUUUUAAAUCUCCAGCAGAUUAUUUUCUUGAUGGUUGUUGUUUUAUGUCUAAACUGCACAGAAAUCAACAUCAGAGAUUGUCAGCACUUGUUUUUUCUUCAGAAUUGAUGUUCUGGUUCUGUUGGGUUUGUUCAUUUCUCAUCAUUGUUUUCUAAACCAGCUGAUCAGCACCGGAAUAAAAAAAAAUUCAAAUUGCUUCAUUUUUCUGUUGAAAAUGUAAAAAAAAUCAAACAUAUCUCAGAUUCAUGAGAAUUCGUUUGAAUUAUUUCAAAAACUCUUUCAACAUAUAAUUAUAAAAAAGAAUUAUUGUUUUAUUUUUGUUUUAAAAUGUAAAUAAAUGACAUUUCUUAGA